AUGGCCAUAUCUAUACAAAAAACCAUCUGGGAUUGUGUUUUACAGAUAACUAAGGUAGCCCAAGAAAAGGGCGGUGAUCCUUUACUAUGGGCUCUUCAGGUAUCGUCUAAUUUGAGCUCUAGUGGAGUCUGUUUGCCCUCUCCACAGCUUGCUAAUGUCUUGGUUUCUUACAUUUUUUGGGAUAAUAAUAUGCCCAUUUUAUGGAAGUUUCUUGACAAGGCCUUGACUCUCAAGAUUGUGCCUCCUUUGAUGGUUCUUGCUUUGCUUUCUGACAGGGUUGUUCCAUGCAGAUGGUCCCAGCCAGUGGCAUACAGGCUUUAUAUGGAACUCCUUAAGAGAUUUGCUUUUGAACUUAAGUGCCAGAUUAAUGUGCCAAACUAUGAAAUGGUCAUGAAAUCAAUAGAUGGCGUUCUUCAUCUUUCCCAUAAUUUUGGUCUGCAAGCUAACGAUCCUGGGAUCCUGGUGGUUGAGUAUCUCUAUUCAAUUGUAUCGCAGUUGUUAGAUGCCUCAUUGGAUGAUGAAGGUUUGUUGGAACUUAUGCCAGAGAUGAAGUCCAGAUGGGCAACAAAACCUCAAGAAAUGGAAAUUGAUCCUGAUGAUAAUUACGAGAACCCAAGUGAGCAUAAUGAGAAAUUGUAUAAGAUGAAUACCAUAAUGGCCAUUGAGAUGAUCGGAAAAUUUCUCCAAGAUAAAUCAACUUCAAGGAUUCUCGAUUUGAUGCGCCAGAACUUUUUGGCCUGUGGUUUGGAUGUGCAAUCACUCACAUACAUACGCUUACCUCUUUUCAGGCCCACACAUUGGUUGACUGCAGAUUCAGGUAGUAGCAUUUUAUUGAAUGGAGAAUCCAAAACAAGUUCGUUGCAAAAGUUCCAUUCAGUUAUGGCUUUUGGAUCUCUAGUGUCUUCCUCUGGUUUGUGUCAAGGAGCUAGUCGUUCUGCUCUAUGGCUUCCUCUUGAUCUUGCAUUAGAAGAUGCCAUGGAUGGGUAUCAAGUUAAUGCGACAAGUGCUAUUGAAAUCAUAACUGGUUUAAUUAAAACACUUCAAGCGAUAAAUGGAACCUCAUGGCAUGACACCUUUCUAGGCCUUUGGAUUGCAGCUCUCCGUCUUGUUCAAAGGGAAAGGGAUCCCAUUGAGGGUCCUAUCCCACGAUUGGAUGCUCGCUUAUGCAUUUUACUAUCCAUCACAACUCUAGUGGUUGCUGAUCUAAUUGAUGAAGAGGAGAAUGCACCUAUUGAUGAAUCAGUAUGUGGCUCAACAAAUCACUGGAAAGAUAAAAAGCUUCCAGGAAAGCGGCACGAUGAUUUAGUCUCCAGCUUACAGUUAUUGGGUGAUCAUCAGUCAUUGCUGAGUCCGCCUCAAUCUGUUGUUUCUGCAGCCAAUCAGGCUGCUGCAAAAGCCAUGUUAUUUGUUUCAGGCAUCAAUGUUGGGAGUACAUACUCUGAGUGCAUCAACAUGCAAGACAUGCCGAUAAACUGUUUAUGUAGCAGGUUGGCAUCUGGUUCUGUGAUCUCACUCAAAAAUGUUUUGAGCAAUGUGAUAUUUGAUGGAGGAUCCGAAAAAUCUAGUGUCCUUGAGAGUUUCCUGGCUGGAAACAUGAGACAUCUGAUUGUCGAGGCUUGCAUCGCGAGAAAUCUAUUGGACACGUCAGCGUAUUUCUGGCCAGGGUAUGUCAAUGGAUGCAUCAACCAAAUACCUCACGGUGUGCCAGCUCAGGUGCCUGGUUGGUCAUCGUUCAUGAAGGGGGUCCCUCUUUCUCCAGUGAUGGUCAAUGCUCUGGUUUCAAGUCCUGCUUCAAGUACUUCUUUUUCUUUCCUGAAGCCAGAGCUCGAGAACAUAUUUGUGCUUGCGGUGAAGGGAUCAGAUGAUGAGAAGAUAUCUGCCGCAACAGUUCUUUGUGGGGCUUCUCUUCUUCGGGGUUGGAAUAUACAGGAACACACUGCUCAUUUCAUUACUAGAUUAUUGUCUCCUCCGGUUCCUGCAGAAUAUUCUGGAAGUGACAGCCAUUUGAUACGCUAUGCUCCAAUGCUGAAUGUACUUAUCGUGGGAAUAGCAACUGUGGAUUGCGUUCAGAUUUUCUCGCUGCAUGGCUUGGUUCCACAACUUGCAUGCUCAUUGAUGCCCAUCUGUGAGGUUUUUGGUUCAUGCGUGCCUGAUGUCUCCUGGACUCUGCCCACAGGAGAAGACAUCUCUGCCCAUGCUGUGUUUUCGAAUGCAUUCGCUCUUCUUUUGAAGCUAUGGCGGUUUAAUCAUCCUCCUCUUGAACAUGGAGUGGGAGAUGUACCCACAGUUGGAUCCCAGCUAACUCCUGAAUACCUCCUAUCAGUACGAAACUCCCACCUAGUCUCUUCUGGACACGUCCACAAGGAUCAGAACAAGAGGAGACUCUCAGCAGUUGCAACUUCAUCAUCUGCACAACCCAUAUUUUUGGACUCAUUUCCCAAAUUAAAAGUCUGGUAUCGACAGCAUCAAAAAUGUCUAGCUGCAACUCUCUCUGGUCUUGUUCAUGGAACUCCUGUUCAUCAGACCGUCAACGUGCUUCUUGACAUGAUGUUCAAAAAGAUUAAUAGAGGAAGCCAAUCGUUAACUACUGUUACUUCUGGAAGUAGUGGUUCAUCUGGACCUGGAAAUGAUGAUUCUGCUCCGAGACCUAAAUUACCGGCCUGGGAUAUCUUGGAAGCUGUUCCUUUUGUGGUUGAUGCUGCUUUGACUGCCUGUGCUCAUGGAAGACUUUCGCCCCGUGAACUGGCUACAGGCCUUAAAGAGUUAGCUGAUUUUCUUCCUGCAUCUCUAGCAACCAUUGUGAGCUACUUCUCAGCUGAAGUAAGUCGUGGAGUUUGGAAACCAGUAUUUAUGAAUGGUACAGAUUGGCCCAGUCCUGCAGCAAAUUUGUCCAAUGUUGAGGAGAAGAUCAAGAAAAUAUUAGCUGCUACUGGUGUUGAUGUCCCAAGCCUUGCUGCAGGUGUGAGCUCUCCGGCUACACUUCUGCUGCCCCUGGCUGCUUUCGUUAGCCUCACCAUAACCUAUAAAAUUGACAAAGCCUCAGAACGAUUUCUCAAUUUGGCUGGUCCAGCCUUGGAAUCCCUUGCAGCUGGUUGUCCUUGGCCUUGCAUGCCAAUUGUGGCAUCGCUGUGGACCCAGAAGGCGAAACGAUGGUUUGACUUCCUUGUGUUUUCUGCAUCCCGUACUGUCUUCCUUCACAACAAUGAUGCAGUGUUUCAACUUCUUAAAAGCUGCUUCUCUGCGACACUUGGUCUGAAUGCCACAGCUAUCUCAAGUAAUGGUGGUGUUGGAGCUCUUCUAGGCCAUGGGUUUGGUUCCCAUUUUAGUGGGGGAAUUUCCCCAGUUGCUCCAGGAAUUCUCUAUCUCCGUGUUUACCGAAGCAUCCGUGAUAUUGCAUCCAUAAUGGAAGACAUUAUUUCACUCAUGAUGCUUUCUGUGAGAGAAAUAGCAUGCACUGGGCUUCCUAGAGAGAGGUUAGAGAAGUUGAAGAGAUCAAAAAAUGGACUAAGAUGUGGCCAGUUUUCGCUCACUGCAGCAAUGACUCGAGUGAAACUUGCAGCUUCACUUGGGGCCUCUUUAAUAUGGUUAUCUGGUGGCUUAGGUUUGGUUCAGGCAUUGUUUAAAGAAACUUUGCCCUCUUGGUUCAUAGCUGUUCACAGGUCUGAGCAGAAAGAAGGGUCCAAGGGGAUGGUCGCCAUGCUUGGGGGGUAUGCACUAGCAUUUUUUUCAGUACUUUGCGGGGCCCUGGCCUGGGGAGUUGACUCAUCAUCGUCAUCAUCAAAACGUCGUCCAAAAGUACUUGGUGUGCACAUGGAAUUUCUAGCAAGUGCACUUGAUGGGAAAAUAUCACUUGGUUGUGAUUGGGCCACUUGGCGGGCCUAUGUGUCUGGUUUUUUGAGCCUAAUGGUUGGUUGCACACCUUCCUGGGUACUAGAGGUGGAUGGUGAUGUUUUGAAGAGACUAAGUAAAGGACUGAGGCAGUGGAAUGAGAAGGAGCUUGCCCUGGCUCUGCUGGAAUUUGGCGGGGUGGAGACCAUGGGUGUGGCUGCUGAACUCAUAAUCGAAGAUCAAUGA